AGUACUCCUUUAAAAAAAAAAAAAUUACAAGUAAUAUAUAAGGAGAUAAAAACACACUAUCCGAUAGAUUUUUUCUUUUGAAAUCUAAGUUUGUGUUAGUUCUGAUCAAAAUCAGACCCAAACCUUCAAUUUCAGAAACCCUAGCAAUUUCUCUCUCUUGCUCUCUGCAAUCUCUCUCUCUCUCUCUCUCUCUUUGUCCCCUUUUUCAGAACCUUAAACGCCGCCGUGUCUCCGCUGCGAUCCCCGCCUUUUAGAUUCUCUCAAUUUUAAUUUUCUCGAUGGCUGACGGAAAAUUCAAUCUAGCUGAUGAUCUCCUCCCCUCCAAAACGGACUCUGACCUUUCGUCCCUCAAAGCUUGGGAUGGGAACUUGGAGGAGAACGGACUCACGGGUCUGCUUGAUGACACCAAAGAUCAAGCAACUUCAGAGAGCAGCAUACCUCUGUCCCCACAAUGGCUUUAUGCUAAACCUGCUGAUGCUAAGAUGUUAGCUGCUGGAGCUUCUGGGGAUAUAAGAGCACCAAAUUCGUUGCCCCAUGGGGCCUCUGCUGAUCCCAAUUUGAAAGAUAGUUGGCGUUUAGAUGGGUCUCAGGACAAGAAAGACUGGAGGAGGACUGCACGUGAUCUUGAAAGCAGUCGACGUUGGCGUGAAGAGGAGAGAGAAACAAGCUUACUUGGUCGAAGAGAUCGCAGAAAAGAAGACCGUCGUACUGAUAUUUCUUCAAUGAGGGAUGCUCCUGAAAAUAGAACCUUGUCAUCUUCAGAGCGAUGGCAUGAUGUUAGCAGUCGUAGUUCAGGGCAUGAAUCUCGAAGAGACAACAAGUGGUCUUCGAGAUGGGGUCCUGAAGACAAAGAAAAGGAUUCUCGAACUGAGAAGAGGACCGAUGCUGAGAAGGAAGAUGCCCCGACUGACAAAGAAGCUGUUGUUAGUGGUGGCCACAUAGCCUCUGAGCGUGAGAAUGAUUCUCGUGAUAAAUGGAGGCCACGUCAUCGUUUGGAAGUUCAUGCAGGUGGGUCUGCUUCUUACCGAAGUGCUCCAGGAUUUGGUUUGGAGAGGGUGCGAGUGGAGGGAUCAAAUGUGAGAUUUGCAGUGGGACGAGGAAGGUCAAAUGCUGGUGGAAUCCUGCAAAAUGGGAGGCCACAAUCUGCAUCUGUUAUUGGAUCCCUUCCUUUGGGGAAAAACAGUACUUUUAAUGCAUAUUGCUACCCAAGAGGAAAACUUCUUGACAUUUACCGCAAGCAAAAAUCUGCUCCAAAUUUUGACACCCUACCUGAUGAGAUGGAUCAUUUAUCACCAAUGACACAAGAAGAAACUGUUGAGCCUCUGGCUUUUCUUCCUCCUGAUGCAGAGGAAGAGGCUGUCCUUGGAGAUAUAUGGAAAGGAAAAACUACAAGCAGUGGAGUGUUCUACAGCUCAUUUAGAGACACAAGUGAAGGGAAACAAAGUUUCUUGGCUAACAGGGAGGAUAAUGUUGAAUCUGGUGAGAAGGCUGCUGUAAACAAUAAUUAUCAAGGGAAUCAUGCUGAGACAUUUUAUGUGUCAGAUUCACAGACCAAGGAAAUGAAUAGUUCAAAAGAAGGUGGACAGAGAUGUCUGACACCAUCUGAUAUGGAUGUAACGAAUGCUUUGGUGUCAGAUAGGGAGAUUGGUGGGUCCAUAAAUGAUAUUGAUGAAUUAAAAUCUUUUGAUAACCAACAAUUGGUUGAUUUGAAAAUGCAAAAGCACCACAAGGUGGAGGAUAAUGAAUCUUCCAUGCACGUUGGAGUUGGUAGCGAGCUUCCUGAAGACUCAAGUUCUCUAUUUGAUUUUCUGUCACUACAGCCUACUCUAGGCCAUAACCAGAUAAACAUUGAGGGUAAUAGUGAGGCACAUUCACUAGAAAGUGUUACCCCUCCUGAGGAUUUGAGUUUGUGCUAUCUUGAUCCUCAAGGGGUAAUUCAAGGACCAUAUCUGGGGAUUGACAUAAUUACAUGGUUUGAGCAAGGUUAUUUUGGUACAGACUUACCUGUUCGAUUGGCAGAUGCUCCUGAUGGAUCACCUUUCCAAGAACUUGGUAAAAUCAUGCCACACCUAAAAAUGAAUUCUGGUUCUGCCUCCAGUGUUAGUGCAGUUACUAGAAUGCAAAUACCUGAUUCCUUUGAAUGGAGCUUGGAAAAGACCUUAUCUUAUUGUGCUUCUCCUCCUGAGAUGAAGGGGUCUGCCAUUGGAUGUGAGCAGCAGCAGAUUUUUUCUGCUUUUGAGACUUCUGGUACUCAUUUUCAUUCUAGAGGACCUACUCCAAAUUAUGAUUCUGAGCAUCAGUUUUCUGAAGAUCGAAGCCUGCAUAAAUUUGCUGCUGCUCAAGAAGAGGAAAUUAUUUUUCCUGGAAAGUCCGGAAGUGCUGGUGGUGACCCUUUGAAAGUUUCUGGUGAAAUUCAAGUUCCUUUCAGUAAUCCUGCAAGCCUUUUGUCAAUUGCAAAUGAAUUGUCAAAAACCAAUGUACCUUCUCAUCGAGAUGAUGAGUUGGAUGCUUUUGGCUUGUUGAUGUCUGACUUGACAAGCACCUCUGAUUUGAAGCGUUCUCAAUCAUCUGAUAUGACUUCCAGCAUAGGUGAUAGAGGGCAGUGUUUAGAUCCUCUGCUUGAUAGAGAGUCCAAUUUUGCCAGUCAGAGUGUUGUUGGUACAGUGGCUGAACAAACUUCUUUUCCAGAGGCUUGGCGUGAUGAUUAUAGAAGAAAUGCUUUGCCUAAUCCUAACAUUCAUCUAGGCACUACUGGUGCUCGGCCCUCAUCUCACUGGGAGCAAGAAUACAAUGGUUUUGACCUGGUACAGCACCUAAUGUCACAAAAGUUGACCGAUGAACCACUUCAAGAGAAAAAUCAUUUCUCUCAUCCCUUUCCACAUUCAGCUGGAUUCAGUGUGCAGCAAAUUCAUGGUUUUGAUCUUAUGCAUAGCAAGAAUCUCAAUCACCAGCUGUCAAUCCAUCAUUCAGCUCCAGAUAUGGAGAAUCUUUUGGAACUUCAGUUUCAACAGCAGCGGCAGUUGGAACUUCAGCAACAUCAGCAACAGUUGGAACUUCAUCGGCGGCAGCAGUUGGAACUUCGGCGGCAGCAGCGGCAGCAGCAGCAGCAGCAGCAAUUGGAACUUCAGCGGCAGCAGCAGCUGCAAUUGGAACUUCAGUGGCAGCAGCAGCUUCGUCACCACCAAAUUAAAUUGUUGCAGCAGCAUUCUCAAGCUCAGCAGUUGCUUCUUGAUCAAUUGCUGCAGCAUCAGAUGUCUGAUCCUGGUUAUGGUCAGAACAUAUAUGAUGCUGCAACAGAUAACCUACUUGAUCAGGUUCAGUUACAAAGGCAUCUCCUGAGUGAAUUGCAGCAGAAUUCUCCUGCUGCAAGGCACCUGGAUUCAUCCCUGGAGCAGAUCAUCCAAGCAAAGAUUAACCAGAGUGCACUCCAAGGGCAAAAGGAUGAUUCUUUGGAUUUCAUGUCGGCGAAGUAUGGCAGUAUGCUUCCUUCAGAGCAUCAGCUUCAUCUUCAACAAGAGCAGUUGCAAGUGCAGCAAUUAUCUAUGGCACUGAGGCAGCAAUUAGGAAUGGAGGGGGAUAGACGACUCGCUGGUUCAUGGUCUGUAGAUGAAGUUGGUCAGUUUUUCAGGAAUCCUAGCAGUCAUCAGCAGGCUCAAUCAGUGGGGUUGAAUGCUUCGGAUCUCUGCCAACAGGAGCUUUCAUCUCUUGAAGAGCAAUUCAGCAAUGUCAAAAGGAAUCAUGCUUUGCAGGAGCUACAGCAGCGAGGGAUUUUUUACCCCAGCCCAACAGCAUUUGGUAGGUCUACUCUUCCUUCUGCUGCUCCUGGCAUGAAAGUGGACAAUGUAAAUUCUCUAGAUCUAGCUGAACAUCUCUAUAUGCACUCCAACAACCAAUUGAGUCCUUUUUCUUCUGGUAACCACUCUAUUAGCCAACAAAUUUCGGGUGAUGCAUAUGCUUCUCAUCCAGAUGCAAUAGAGAGCUACCACUCUAGGAAAAAUGGGCAGCUAGAAAAUAGUUGGACUGAAAAACAGAUACAACAAAUAAAUCUUGAAGCAGAGUUGCAAAGAAGGGAGUCUGAAGUUGAUUCAAGCACUUGGGCAUCAGCUGGAGGGGUUCAUGAAAACUCGAGGAAAGCUUUAAUGGACCUUCACCAAAAACUUAGUAUUCAAUCCACACAGUCAUCAGAAGUAGAUUAUCAACCUUCUACUUCAUCUUCCAGAGGGCAGGAAACCUUGUGGCCUGUUUCUGAGCCGCAAACUUCCAAUUUUCCUUUUAAUCAUUUCCCAAAUCAGGAAGUUAAUGGGAGCAACUCGUUUUUGGAAGGCUCUCAAAAUUCCAAUACAAGUGUUUUGUUGCAAGAUCAUUUGUUUGGAGUUGCUGUGAGUGAUUGUGUCAACCAUAUGGUUAACUGUGAAAGAUUUCCUCUUAAAGCCAAUUCUGGCUCAUUUGCAAAGGAACGGUCAUUCUUGUUGGGCAUUGAAGAUCCUUCUCAUAGUAGUUAUGUGGAUGCUAGCUUGAUGGGAAAAUCAGCUAUGGGUAAAGAAUUAGCAGAACUGGAGGGAAAUGAGAUGAAAAAUGGAUUGAAAGGCAUGAUUGCAAGGAGCGGUUCUGUGUCUGGGUCUGAGGGCAAUAUGGUAGAGCAAAUAGAGAAAGCCUUGGACUUUGGUGACCUGCAAAGUAGUAACCAUAGCUGUCAUGAUUCUCUUAGUACCGGUGGGAUCGGCAGGAUGUACAGUUACGAAAUUGGAUUAGAUAAAUCAGUUCAAGAAGAUGCUUCUAAUGAUAGGUUAUCGGCAUUGCUGCCAAAAACGCUUGACAAAGUUUCACCGAAAUGCCCACCUGUAUCACGGGUUUCGUCAUCCCAUGAUGUUUUUUCUGAUCAAAACUCACUGGCAUUUGUCAAGCAGAAAAAUUCUACAAGCCUUACAAUUUCUGAUGAAGGAAGACCGGAGGCUGUGGCGAAUCUAGGUGCAAUGAGAACCGUAGAAACUCAGGCAUCUGGAAAGAAAGAUGUCCGUUUUAGAAGGACCUCGUCUUGGAAUGAUGCUGCAGUGUCGGAAGCAUCAUUUAUAGAGAUUCUUAAGAAGCCGGUUCUUCACGGGACUGAGGCUGCGAAUGGCUCUGCUUUGGAACCAUCUGAUGGUGUUUCACAGGCUGGACGAAGUGGUAAGAAAAAAGGGAAGAAAGGAAGACACAUUGAUCCUGCCUUACUAGGUUUCAAGGUCACAAGCAACCGCAUAAUGAUGGGUGAGAUCCAACGCCUUGACGAUUAACAACCUCAUCUAUACUUACCGUGUUGUACAUUCCUUGUAAAAUUUUUUAACCAAUUUUUAUACAAAUAAGCAUUGGUAAUUGAUUGAUUUUUUUAAAUAAUAAUACAAAAUUUUUGGUUUUAAGAAGCAACAUAUAUGUACGUUCACUCUCAUUUUCCUGAAAAUGAAUGAGACUCGAGAAUGACUUAUCUAACCUGUUUUAGGUCUUGGUUUUGCCAAAUCCUGCGAAUUAAAUCUUAUUGUUCAUUUCGAGUUCGCCUACGAGAG